AUGGAUCCUUCCUCCGACACUAAGAAGAAAGGAGGGGAGAUGAGCCAAAUUAAAGAGGUGGCACCAACAGCAGCUGCGGACAGCUCCUUGCACUGCGGCACACUGAUUGGCUCAUUUUGCUGCUUCUCCCUCCACAAGUCUGAGCUUUGCUGCACAGGGACAGCAAGAGGCUUUUACCAAGGCAAAAUCAGGUCAGGCACUAAAACCAAGAAGAACAAUGUUCCUCCUGGAAAAGACAAAUCACAUCCAUCUGAGGUUCAGCGUCCCAAGAUAAAUCUGAAACUGGAGACCUGCAAAAAGGAGACAGUAACAGACAGAGCACCACUAGACGGCGAAAGCCCUGGGGUCAAUCUUAGUAUCCCACAAAGCCCUGGGGUGUUCGACCUACAGAGCCCUGUUGUCAUCAUUGGUGAAGAUGUCUUCCAGAUUAUAGAUGACUGUCCACCACCCCCAGCCCCGUUCCCUCAUCGCUUUGUGUCUCUCCGGACUGAAAACAUUACAGAUAUGUAUGACCUAAACAUGGAUGACAUUCUUGGCGGAGGCCGUUUUGGAGAGGUCCACAUCUGCACGGAGAAGGCAACCGGUAUGCAACUUGUAGCUAAAGUUCUGAAAGUCCACAAUGAACGAGACAGGGAAAUGUCUCUGAAUGAGAUAAAUGUAAUGAACCAGUUGGAGCACCGCAAUCUCAUCCAGAUGUUUGAUGCUAUUGAAACCCCUAAUGAGAUCUUCUUAUUGCUGGAAUAUGUGGGCGGAGGGGAGCUGUUUGAGAGAAUCAUCGAUGACAGUUAUCAACUGAUGGAGGUGGAUGCUAUGGUUUUUGUGCGCCAGAUAUGUGAGGGCAUCUUCUACAUGCAUCAGAUGUACGUGCUGCACCUGGACUUGAAGCCAGAAAACAUUGUCUGCGUGUCCCCCAUCAGCCAUAUGGUGAAGAUUAUAGACUUUGGCCUGGCCCGAAGGUACAAACCGCAGAAUACGCUGAAAGUCUCUUUCGGGACCCCGGAAUUCUUGUCUCCAGAAGUGAUCAAUUUCGAUAAUGUCUCCUUCCCUACAGACAUGUGGAGUGUUGGUGUCAUCACAUACAUGAUGGUCAGCGGUUUGUCCCCUUUUCUUGGCGAGAAUGAUACGGAGACCAUGAACAAUAUAUUGGUGGGUGAUGCAGGAUUUGAAGAAGAACCUUUUGAACAGGUUUCAGAAGAAGCUAAAGAUUUUAUAUCCAAUCUACUGAUCAGAGAUAAGAGUGGGAGGAUGAGUGCAGGUCAGUGUCUUAAACAUCCCUGGCUCAAUGACCUUGCGAGAAAGGCCAAACUAUGUAAUAGACUCUUGAAGUCACAGAUUGAACUGCGCAAAUACAUGAUGAGGAGACGCUGGAAGAAAAACAUCUUUGCGGUGGCUGCAGCAAACCGGUUUCUGAAGACAAGCAGCUCCAGCUGUCUCACCUGACUGACAGGAUAAAA